AGAAGAAGAAGAAAAAGAAGGUGUUCACAAUGACGACUUCAUGGAGUGACCGUCUGCAGAACUAUGCCGACCUACCAGCCAACAUGGACGGUGUGGCCAUGAAAAAGUAUCGACGGGAAGCUCACCACAGCUUUCCAAGGGAUCUGGCCCAAAACCAUCCUGCAACCAGAGUGUUUGUCAACCGAAGCUUGGCCAUGGAGAAGAUCAAGUGUUUUGGUUUUGAUAUGGAUUACACUCUGGCGGUGUAUAAAUCUCCUGAGUAUGAGUCGCUGGGCUUCGACUUGACGGUGGAGCGCCUGGUGUCCAUCGGAUAUCCACAAGAGCUGCUCAACUUUGUCUACGACCCCUCCUUCCCCACCAGAGGUCUGGUGUUUGAUGCGAUGUAUGGCAACCUGCUCAAAGUGGAUGCAUACGGGAACAUCCUGGUGUGUGUACACGGAUUCAACUUCUUGAGGGGACCUGACAUCAGAGAGCUGUACCCCAACAAGUUUAUUCAGCGUGGAGACACGGACCGCUUCUACAUCCUCAACACACUCUUCAACCUGCCUGAAACCUACCUCUUUGCUUGCCUGGUUGAUUUCUUCAGUAACUGCUCCAGAUACACAAGUUGUGACGCUGGCUUCAAAGACGGCGACCUUUUCAUGUCCUAUAAGAGCAUGUUCCAGGAUGUCCGAGACAGCGUGGACUGGGUUCAUUUAAAGGGGUCCUUAAAAGAAAAAACUGUUGAAAACCUGGAGAAGUAUGUGGUAAAGGAUCCGAAGCUUCCUCUUCUCCUCAGUCGCAUGAAUGAAGUAGCCAAAGUGUUUCUGGCCACUAACAGUGACUAUAAAUACACAGAGAAAAUUAUGACCUACCUGUUUGACUUUGCCCACGGCCCAAAGCCGGGCACACCUCACCGGCCCUGGAAGUCCUACUUUGACCUGAUCCUGGUGGACGCCCGCAAGCCUGUGUUCUUUGGAGAGGGAACAGUGCUGCGGCAGGUUGACACUACCACAGGUCGGCUGAAGAUCGGCACAUACACUGGACCUCUGCAGCACGGCAUUGUUUACUCAGGAGGUUCUUCAGACAUUGUGUGUGACUUGCUGGGUGCUAAAGGAAAGGACAUCAUCUACAUUGGAGACCACAUUUUCGGUGACAUCCUCAAAUCCAAGAAGCGCCAGGGCUGGAGGACGUUCUUGGUGAUACCUGAGCUGGCCCAGGAGUUGCAUGUGUGGACUGACAAGAGCUCCAUAUUUGAGGAACUUCAGUCGCUGGAAUGCUUCCUCGCUGAGCUUUACAAGCACCUGGACAGCAGCAGCAAUGAGAGGCCUGACAUCAGCUCACUGCAGAGACGCAUUAAGAAAGUGACCCAUGACAUGGACAUGUGCUACGGCAUGACGGGAAGUCUGUUUCGCAGCGGGUCCCGACAGACACUGUUUGCCUCCCAAGUGAUGCGCUACGCGGACCUGUAUGCCGCCUCCUUCAUCAACCUGCUCUACUACCCCUUCAGCUAUCUGUUCAGAGCUGCACAUGUGCAGAUGCCUCAUGAGUCAACAGUGGAGCACGCCCAAGUCCACAUCAUUGACACCGAGUCGCCGCUGGCCACACGAAACCGCCACGACGUCGACCUCAAGGAAAUGGAGUGCAAACGGCACCAGCUGACUCGAUCCAUCAGCGAAAUCCAGCCCCCCCACUUCUUCCCUCAACCUCCACAGGAGAUCACUCACUGUCAUGAUGAAGAUGAUGAUGAGGAGGAAGAAGAGGAGGAGGAGGAGGAGGAGGAGUAGAAGAGGGAAGAAGAGCAGAGAGGUCUGCAGAUGACGCUUGCUGUCACAUCCGAUACAUCCUGUUUCCACGAGUCUGGUCUCCAAACUGUUUGCUCAUGAAAACACACACAUGACCUACUACCAUAUGCGAGACAGGAUUUUUGGAUUUCUACGAGUAUUUGGUGGCUGAUCCGCAGCGAUAAAACAAAGAAAGAAAAGAAAGGUGGGGGGGGGGGGGGGUAUGCAGUAAGUGCAUAUCUUUACUAUUCAUAGCCUGUUUUCUCCACGUGAAACAACAACUUUGGUCCGUGUUGCAAAUGCAACAAAAGGUUCCAGGUGACUCCUCCUCCCCCUGGUUUCCCCUCAGCCCGUGGAUUGCACUCUCAUUGGCUGUAGCUCCAACAUCUCCAGAUUUUUAGCCUGCUAGACACAGCGAGGCACCAGCAGUGUGUUAACCACAGCUGCUGAAACUAGACUCAGUGGUAAAACGGUUCUACUCCAUAAGAGUAUAUGUUUAUAAUGCCUGUGAGGUGAGGUGGAUAUCACAUGCUAACAUCUCAUGAUACCAGCUUAGAGAAACGUCACCUACUUAUUUACCCAGUAAUUCUUCUUUUUACUGUGUUGUAAAAUAGGACCACAAUUCCCAAAGCUCACCCUGAAGUCCUUACUCUUAUAUAAGUCUGCAUUACAUGUUUUAAAAAAGUAAUGUAGAUAUUACACCCUGCACCACAGUUACUGCCUUAUUCAUCUCGCUUUGAGUUGAUACAGUGAGUGUGAAUGAGAAUUAUUGUUAUUUUGAACAUGAAUGUUGAGUUGUUUUCAUGGUCACAGGUGAAAGGUAUGGAAGCCCAUGUCUGCCAGACGACAAUCGCAACACUGGCAGGUUCAAAUGAUAAGACAACAAGUCAGUGUUUUCGACUUGCAACAUUUUAAAUUGCAGUCGACAUUAUGAGACCCUAAGACUUAAUUAAGGAGAAGUCCAAUCUUUGACUUGAUCCGAUUGACUUGACAAAAUGUGUAAAUAUGAAAUUAGAAAGUCACAAUUUUGAAGACUCAUAAUUUAGAAUUACAUUUUUUAUUUUUUUUAAGUGAACAGUUAAAAUGUUAACUAAGUCAAAUUUGAGAUAAAAAUGUGUAGUUGAGUGAGAUUUGUCCAAAUUUUGACUCCCGAAGUUUUGACUUAUUACCUCACAAUUAUUAUUCAAAAUGAUGAUUAACUCGCUGUCAUAAUGUUAGAUUUUUACCGUGUUUGUGUUGUCAUUGGCGGUAAUGGUCCUCCAUAAAAGGUGAAUCUGCUGCUGAUCACGACUGCUGUGUCUGCUGUAAACGUGCUGUUACUGUAAUGUGUGUGUAAGUCAACGUGAUGAGGGUACAAUAGUGUAUUUUAGUGCUGAGUGUUAUUUCAUGUUUUUGUUAUUUUUUAAAAGACCUGUGAUUUAAGAGGACCUGUUUCUCCAAAAAAAAGUCUGAUCUGCUGUAGUGAUCACAAAGUAUUGAUCCUUAGAUGAGGUGGAACAUGGCCUCAUCUCUCUGGUUCACAGAAAGUGAAUGUGUGAUCCUACUGUUUUUGUGUUUUAGUCUCACACAAGAAGUCGCUGAUUACAUUUGCUAAAGCGGCCUCAUCCUGUUUGGACUGAAGAGACAUAUUUUGACUUGUUUAAAUGUCCUGUUGACCAUUAGUUGUUUGACCUUUUUCAGCCCCAGGUUGCACCUUGGGAUGCUUAUCGUGUUAUUUGAGGUUUCAGAGCAAGCAGCGCCAAUGAUUUAAAUGUCUCACUGUUUAAUAUCCGAGUCAUUUCAGAACUGUUGAGCAUGCCUGUGUUUGCUGUCAGCUUUGAAGCCUAACUUAGACUGUAAUAAUCAGACAUACAAAUGCAAAGUGAACCAAAUGAAUGUAUUUUUCAUUUUUUACCAGCGGUAGUUAAUGCAUGGGUUGAAGUUGUAUUUUUGUUUCUCGUUUUAAUUGAAAUGUUGCCUUUGUUGUAAAGAAUGUUGAAAGCAGCGAUUCUGCAGUUAAGAUGGUUUAAGUGAUGACUGAUGUUUGUAAUAAAUUUUCUGAUCUGAUAUUG